AUGCAAUCGUACGCUAGAGAAGGGUAUUCAAGCGCUCCUCCAACAUUCACAAUAUAUGACGACGACGGUCUGAGAGCACCGAACAUUCGUCCUCCUUUCCCACCCGACGUAACUGCGGGUGAUUUAGCAGAACUAGCAUUGUCCAAGAAUAAACUUGGUAAACCAGCCAAACCAGCAAAUGCAUUCAUUGCUUAUCGUACAGUUUUUCACCGUUAUCUUAAAGACAGUGGGCGAUACUUGACAAUGCCGCGGGUAUCAUCCAUGUCAAAACUCGCGUGGCAUGAGGAAGAUGACAGAGUAAAGUCAUAUUACAAGAGUCUCUCAAGGGAUGCAAAAAAUAUAUAUAUUAUGAGAUUGGCAAGUGAACAAAGUGCGGUUACUAUGAAACGAAGUGAUAGCAGCAGCACUAUUGCUACAGACUUUACCCCUGACAUAAACUCAUCUUCCAUACACCAUUCUCCAUUUAUACAACACGGAGACGAGCUUGCUAUCUAUUCAUCUACAGAGGAAUCCAUAUUAACUGGUAAUAUAAUGCCUUUGGUUGGUGAGAUAAUACGCAGAGAUGAGCUAUGUAUACAUGACGGCGGUACGAGUGAUGGUAUGCAAGUCGAUGAGGCUACUACACAAGGCACCAACAUGAUAGGCAAUAUUAUUAUAGAUCAAGCACAUAUGGAUAGUAUUAACGUGCCGCAUGACAUACCCCAGGAUAUAUCACAGAAUAUGGUCCAUGGUAUGUCUCAUGAUAUGCCGCAUGAUAUGGCCCAGGAUAUGGCUCAUAACAUGGCCCAUGAUAUUGCUCACGAUAUUGCCCAUGAUAUGACUCAGGAGAUGACUCAAGGAAUUCUUCAAUCAUCGAUAUCCUCUCACAACAACUAUCAAGGCCAAUCAUUUUACCUUAUCCAACCACACUUACAAGCUAGCCAUGACCAACCUAUUUAUCUCACUGACGACAAUCUGCGAGAUCCAGCUGUUUUAGCUCUGAUUAGUAGGAUAGAUCAGUUGGAGCGGGUGAACGAUAUAGUGAUGCAACAACUUGUGUAUGGAUACGGGCCGCAGGGAUGA